UUCGAUCAGGUGAUCACGGCUGUUUCACACACAUAGGAAAACAGCUGAUUCUUUGGUUACUUGUAGGUUUAUACAAUGACUACGAGUUUGGUUCGGUUAACAAAAGUUUAUCCAUGAACAAAAGUCUUCGUGUGUGGACCAGCACUGAUAAUACUACACUAAUAUAUUUACUAAUUCGGGGAAUCCAUCGUAUCACUAUCGCCAAACAACACCACUUCAAUUGCAUGAUCAUUUAUAUACAUAUGUAUAUGACGUGUCAGAAAAACUUGAAAUGUGUGAUAUGUUCAAAAUGAGUGAUGGUUUUGUACAAUUUACAGAGAUAAAUGAUAAGGAUGAAUGUGAUAACCAAAAAAAUGCAGAAAGUAAAAAGUUAAAACAUCAUAAAGCUGAGAAAUGGGAAAUUGAAGCGGUUGGCCAGUUCCUAUUCGAAGAGUAUCAGAAUUUGGUUUUUGGUGUAAGAACCGAAUGGCUCGUGCGAAAAAGUAUAUUACGUGCAAAAUUUGUGAAAUAUAUUCAGAAUGCCAAAACUGAAUUUCGUCAACGUUUAUUGGAGGCAAAUGGCACUUACGAUAUUGGCACUUUGCUAUAUCGCACCAAUUAUCUAAUAAACACGAAACGUGGAAGUCUAUUUUAUCGUAUUAAAACCUCAACCUUUUUUGAAUAUACGAAUAAGAAACUUGAAGAAUUUGACGAAAAACAAAAAAAUGGUCAAUCAAUGGAGUUUAUGCCGAACGGAGAUGAAUACAAAAUAUCCAUCAAUGGUGAUCCAGCGCUGAUAGGUUCACUGCAAGUGGACGAAAAUGCGCCCACACAUGAACUUCUCUAUGAAGGCAGUCUGCAACAACAGCGUCAGCAGUUGUUUCAACUUACUAACAUGGGCUGCUACAUUUGCCAAAGGAAUUUCGUCUCACCUAAUGAUUUCGAGGACCACGUAUCUUCUCAUGCUGACGAGUCAGAUUUUGAAAUACUUAAACAUUAUAAAAAAAGCACUACACCUACAUUCAAACUGUCGUAUAAUAUUUGCAAGAAUUCGCAUUACUUUCGCUUCAAUUUGGAAUCGACACGACCGAAUAUUAUUAUAGAGAAACUAAUUAUCGUGCAAACGCGUACCUUUUAUUAUGUCAAUAAUACGCGCGUGCCGUAUUCAUUGGGUGCGGAAGAUCGCAAAGAUAGUUUCUUUGUCGAUUCUCAUCUCUUUCGUAAAGGUGUAGAACAACCAAUUGUUGUGGUCUUUCAUGAAGAGUCUAGCAAGCAAGUGCGUAAUGUAGAGCAGCAUCAUUUUUGUCGCAUUGAGGAGUUUCCUGUGGUUAAGUUGAACAUCAGUCCAUGUCGUUUACCUAAUAAAAUUACAUUUAAACCAAAAUUUAAACUUCCCCAAUACAUGCCACCAGUGGAAAUUCGUCGUGCACUGCAAACGGAUUCGAUUGAAGCACCACUUGCUAAUUUAUCCAAUGAGUUCGGCGACUACCUGAGGAAUACAAAAAGAUUAACUCAGCAAAAUGUACGUGAGGUGUUUUUGAAACUUUUACAGAUCGAGGAUUCGGAUACCAUGCGCGAUUAUUCGAGUCUAGUGCAACGAAAUGUCAAAUUGCGCACUUACGAAAACGACUAUAUUGUGAAGUUAAAAAUACCAAAACAUAUUCGUUUCGAGAAUAUAAUUUUCCCUUUUGAUGAUGUUAUUGUUUUGCCCGCUGAAGAGGGUAAUGCCGCAUCAACUUCAUUAGAUGAUUUAAUGAAAAAGAUGGAACAACUGAAUGACGAAACAGCUGUUACGCAGGCACCGGCAAAGAAGAAAUCGAAAAAAUAUAUUGGUCAAGUCGAAUGCAUUUCCUAUGGACGCGUAACCUUUAAAUGUGACCAAAAAAUUCCAAGUGACAAAAUGUAUACCAUACUUUUUCGUCCAUCGCGCAUGAUUUUACGUUAUCAAUAUCGCGCCUUAGAACAAUUGGUUGCCAUGUCGCCGCCCUUAUUAAAGCGGUUUCUUUUUCCCGACCAAAUCUUAAUGAGGGAAAUGCCAGCGUUAAAUUUGAAUUUUCUUAACAAAAGCAUUUAUGGGAAUCCCGAACAAUUGCAGGCUAUAGAAUGUAUAGUGAAUAUAAAUGAUAAACAAAGCGCACCAUAUAUUAUUUUCGGACCACCAGGCACCGGCAAAACCUCAACAGCGCUCGAAGCUAUUUAUCAGAUAUAUAUGCUGCAACCGCAGUCGCGUAUACUCAUUACAGCUGGCUCGAAUGCCGCUUGCGACGAGAUCGCCUUACGUCUCUGCAAUGCGCUCACACCGAAUAUCGAGAGACAGACAAUCACACGCAUUUAUUCGCGCGCAUACGAGAAUCAUGCCGAUAACAUUAACGAAACACUACUCGAAUAUUCCAAUUUAUAUGCCGAUCAUUUUCUGCCGGAUGUGGAAGUGUUGCACUCCUAUCGCAUUGUUGUAUGCACUUUAGGUCUAAUCGGCCGGUUGGCGACGGGCAAAUUCGGCAAGGAAAAAGAUGGCAGUGGUGUGUUUACGCAUAUUUUUGUUGACGAAGUAGCUGCUUCGACCGAAAUGGAAACUUUAGUCGCUCUGACGGCAACACUAAGUUCAAACUCGAGGCUAGUCAUAGCCGGCGAUCAUCGACAAUUAGGUCCAAUCUUAAAUUCGAAACGUGCCGCAAAUAUGGGUUUGGAGGUCUCAUUAAUGGAGCGUCUACUUGAACGGGAUUGCUAUCGUGUCGAUGAAUAUGGCAAUUAUAAUCGGCAAAUACAAAUACGCUUGCGCCGCAAUUAUCGUUCGCAUCCGGAAAUUGUUAAACUUUUCAGUGAAAUGUUUUAUGAAGGACAAUUGUUGGCCCAAGCUGCACCUGACGUUCAGCAGUUAUGUCGUGACUGGCAUCGCGCUCCGAAUGCUGAAUAUCCAAUAAUCUUUCAUUCCGUUUUCGGACCAGAGCAGCGAGAAAAAAACUCCACCAGUCGUUACAAUCCGCUCGAGAUCCAAAUUGUUAUGGACUAUGUGCGUGAUCUCUUAUGUUUCGGCAUUAAAGGUCAUAAGGUGGUGCAGAGUGACAUUGGUAUUAUUACGCCAUAUAAAAAACAAUAUAUACGCAUACAGGAGGAAUUAAAUCUGCGAAAUUGGUAUCAAAUCGAGACUGGUGCCGUCGAAUCAUUCCAGGGUAAAGAGAAAGCCAUCGUAAUUAUCUCGUUUGUACGUUCGUUCACAAAUAAUUUGGGUUUUCUGGAGAGUCGUAAUCGUCUAAAUGUCGCACUGUCACGUGCACGUUCGCUGCUCAUACUCAUUGGUAAUCCGCGUACACUAAGCAUCAAUAGCGAUUUUAAAAAUAUCAUCGAAUUAUGUCAAGUGCAGAAGACUUUAGUUGGCGCAUCAUUCUUCGACGAUGACGGAAAGAAUCCCAACAAGUGUAAUAAUGAAUCGAUGUCGAAGUUGACCAAAUCUUUGGAGAAGCUAAAUAUUAGUAAAGAGAAUAUCAAUGCGUGUGGUAAAAAUGGUGGCAAAUCAAACAAGGCUAGGGCAAGAGCCAGAAAAAACAUGGCUAAUAAUAAUAAAAACGUAGCUGCUGCAACAACAAUGAACGAAGGGACAACUACUGUAAAUGAUGUGCUCAAAAGCAACAACAGCAGUAAAUUUAAAAUCACACAGCCCACGUCUGCUGAAAAACAACGCCAAACAUUUGAGCGCCUAAAGGAUCUUUAUCUAACCGAGGAACUUAGCAACCUUGUGGAGGCUAGUAGUAGCACCAGCAAUCGUAGAAAUUAUAAUAAGAAGGGGCCAAAAUCUGAAAUUGAUGAGCUUUUUGAAAUGCUACCAAGCGUACCGUGUGAGAGAACGCAACAAAGCCGAAUCAAUGAUUUUGAAAUAGUUGAUCCAAAGACAGGUCAAACUCUACAACACGAUAAAUUCCGUACGCGUUUAGAACCACUACGUGGGAAGCCCACAACAACAACACCAACAUACCAAACACAAGCUACAGCAAACAAUGCAACCACAUUGAAACCCACGGGCACAUUGCCGCACUUGACCAACAACAAUCCACAUAAAAGUGCAACUUUUACGCCGUCGAAGGUCCUACCUAUGAAUGAUCAGCAUUUUCCUGCACACAAUAUAUCAUCGUUCAGCGAUGAGAGGAAGACAGUACCAGCUGCUGCAACCCGGCAGAAGUCUACACCAAUGCAUAGUGAAAACGCAACUACAACUGGUGCGAACGCUAUUUUGGGGCCAGCGGUAAGCCUGGGUCGUGUAGAGUACCCCACUCCGCCGAGAUAUAUGCAAACUCGCACAUAUCCACCGCCAAAUCCGAAAUCUUCAAAAUCGAAGUGUGUUAUUGCUUAGGGUUGGAAGUGGUUGUGUAAACACUCUAUAUGUAAGCGCGUUAGUUUUUUUUUAUUUUUAGUUUCACAUCAAUUAUGCAAAGUUUUUCCUUGACAAGUGCGUUACGCGUGCUUAGCUUGGACUUUGCUCACAGUUUUGCGGAAACAUUGUUUCAAAAUGUUCGGGGAAGGUGUAAAGGGAAAUUUGUGUUGGAAUAAGAAGGCUUCGAAAGUUAAGCUUUGCUUUCUCUCUUUAUACUUAAAGAUUUUCUAGGCAUUUUGGCAACUGUUGUUUUCGCAAAAAUAUAUACUUACAUAUUUAUAUACAUAUGUAUGUAUGUAUGUAUAUAAUGUUAUUAUGUUUGCAGGUUAAAGACUAUAGAAAAUAGUUUGUGCAAACAUGUUUAGGUGCGGGUUAGACAGCGAGACUACAAAAAAUAUAGUAAAAUCUCGCUGAUUAUAUCAAUAUUUUUUAAUAGUGUCAUUACGUUUAAGAUACAAGUUUAGAUUAGUUUUAAGGCUCAAGCACAAGUAGAUGCUUAAUUUUUAGCUGCUUGUGCUUGAUUUUUAAAUCUAAGGUUAUGUAUAUGUGUAGCUGGCCGCUACUUUCGAGGGUGCAGUUCACAGAUAUUCACAUAUUUUUUGUGCAUUUUGUAGCAGAUUUUAUGGAAAAUAGGUAUCGAUUGAAUUUAGCUGAAUGCUAAGUUAAUGACAGAAAAUGCUUAGAAUAAUGGAUGAUUUGCCAAAUAAUUUUGCUUUAGUCCUUCGUUUGAAAAGUUAUUUGUGCCUUAAAAGUUUCCAAAAGACUGUUGUGCCAAAAAUUAGUCGAAGGAUAUAUCACUUUGUAAAAUAAGUUAUUUGUGUUUCGAAAAAUUAUUUCACAAGACUUGUACCAAAAAUUGAUAAUGUUAUGGAUUUUGUUAAAUCUUGUCUAAAACUUCUUUAAUUAGUACGCUGGAAAUAGAACGUUUCUUUUAAAGUUUUUUGUUAAUAUUUCCAAAUUGAUAUACCAAAAACUGGUCGAAACACAUCAAAUAUUUAAGAAUAUUUUCCAGUUGUUGUCACCAUCUGAUUAGUGAGUUAUUUUUGGAUAAUGUUUCCCAGAGUAUAACAUAAUAAACUGGUCGAAAGAUAUGGAAUCUAUUAAAGCACAUCUAAAACGUCCUUAAAAACCUCGCUGAAAAAAUAGAAAGGUUUUUUGUAAAUUGAAUAAUGUGUCCAAAAGAGCCUUUACCAAAAACUGGUCGAAGGAUAUCACACAUUUGGACAGUUGCUAUGAGAUCACUUGUUCGAAAGUUGUUUGAAAACGUUAUACCUUCAUACAAAAAUCUAUUUGAAAAAUACAACAUAUUUGAAUUUAUUUCCAGUUUGAAUGACACCCAAUUGAUUGGAAGUUUUAUGAAAAGUUAUUUGCUUCUAAAAUUUUUAUACUAAAAACUUAAUGCCAUUUUUGAUUGGCAGUGAUGUCAACUAAUUGGAUUUUCAUGGCUUAAAUCGCGAGAUCCGGGACAAUUCUUCUCGGACCCGGACUUCUCAGGGGGGGCCCAGUGCUCUAUAACAAUGUUUUACAUAUGUUUUUGUCCAAUAAUUUACUUCAAUGAUCGGGCCACGAUUUUCUCUCUACCGCUCUGACUGAGCCAAAUAUUUUAUGCCAACGAUUGCAAAAGAUAUCCUUGAAUGGCUACAGUAUAAUGGAAAAAAAACAGCAAGUUUAUUUAGAAUUCCUA